AGUACCGUGUGUUGGUAUAAAUCUGUCGCAAAACCCUGUGAACUAUGUGGAGUCUGUUUGGAAUUCACCGGUCUAACUUUCCAUGUCAGCCAUGUUGGAGAUGUAUGUAACGUAACUGUAUUUGUCUCGCACGGAACGUAAACUCGCGGUGAUUGAGGGUACUUGGCGUUUGACGUGAAGGUGACGGUAGCUGUGCUUUGUUUUAUUCAAUCGAGUCACAGGAUUCCCGAUGACAGCGAUUUGUGGCUCUAUUGUUUAGGUGCUGACAGUGUACGGGGAAUCGUGAUGGGACGUCAUUAACACUGGGAGCUGGUAUUGCCCAAUGUUUUUAUUUGGACUAGGCCUUGCAGAAGCGUGCAAGUCGAGACCUCGGUCACCAUGGCUCAGCAGUGUAUGUUGGAAGGAAAACGAUUUUAUUGCCGCGAAUGGGCAUUUCAGAAAUUAUUCCACUGCUUGGAGAGCAGACCAACGUCUAAAACAUGCGGGACUCUCAUUAUGGGCGGGCCUGGGAGCGGCAAGACGGCGUUGUCUGCGGAAAUUGUGUGGUCGACCUCGAAUCAUGGAAAACAACGGACACUAAGCCGACGCGUACUUGGUUUCCAUUUUUGCCAGGCUCAUGAUAACGAGACAUUAUCAGUAUCGACUUUUAUUCUGGGGUUAGUGGCUCAAUUAUCGAGAUCAAACCUCCUGCACGGAUACGAAGACAAAAUACGCGACCCAUCUGUUCAAGCAGUCCUCGAGCCGUCGGAAUGUGGACGCAAUCCUGAUGAGGCCUUCAAAAAGGGCGUUUUGUUACCGCUAUUAGCUUUGAGUCCACCUCAGCGGUACUGCUUUAUUUUGGUGGACUCAAUUGACGAAGGGUAUGUUGAACCAAGUGGGAGUCGAUCAGCAGGCGGAGGUAGCCGGACAAUCGCUGAGUUAUUAGCUAAUAAUCACGAACUGUUCCCGCCGUGGUUGUUAUUGGUGUGCACAGCUCGCCGACAAAGCAAAAAUGUCACACGUAUGUUCACAGGUUUCCGAAAGAUAAGCCUGGAUGAUUUGAGGAAAUCGCACGUCGUGAGAGAUGUCCAGCAAUACAUAUUAUGCCGUCUAGACAGGGAAGAGAACUUAAGACAACACCUGAGUAGGGAAACAGCCGAAAUGUUGAACCAGCUGCAUAUAAAAAGCAACGGGUGUUUCAUGUAUUUGGAAAAGGUGCUCGACGGUGUUGCGGAGAAUUUUAUUAGUCUACGCGACAUAUCAGAAAUUCCCGGUACACUCAAUGGACUCUAUUUAUGGCUAUGUCAGCGUUUAUUUGUACGCAAACAAUUCGCCAAGAUUCAGCCCAUAUUGAACGUUAUGUUGGCUGCCAAACGACCUGUCACCGACUUGCAACUUUAUGCAGCGGCACGCACGAGGAAUACCGGCCUCGCGCAGGACGAAUUCGACCGGCGCCUGGAAAUGAUGACCAAGAUUCUGGUGAAAAGGAAAGACAACACCAGGAUUAUAUUUCAUCACAGUUUUGCCGAGUGGCUGCUGGACGUAAAGCACUGUACACACAAGUAUUUGUGUAACACAGCUGACGGACAUGCCAUGUUGGCAAUGAAGUACACGUGCAAUGCAGCAGAACUAACUCCAGUAGCAGUGCAGAGUUUUGCAGAGCAUCUCCUCGAUGCGCACCUCUGCCCUCCUUUGGAGCCAUAUCACUUGGCGCUGUGGCUUGUCUGGGCUGGCACGCCACUACAGGAUGCACUGCUGUCAUCAACACCCAAAAACCAGGAUGUGUUGAAACUAUUGGUUGAUGCGGGGUCAACGGUCAUCAGUUUAGAUGAGAAUGCAAUGGCUUUGCAGGAAGCCCUGGAAAAGGAAGAGUGCAUACGUAAUUUACUUGACAAUGGUGCUGUUGUGAACAAUAAAGAUAGCAAUGGCAGGACGUUAUUAGCCAAUGCAGCAUAUUGUGGCAACUUGAAUGUUGUCAAACUUUUGCUAUCUCGAAAUGCAGACAUUGAAGCAAUUGAUAAAAAUGGCCAGACACCUUUAAAUUUAGCUUCUCGCCAGGGUCAUUCGGAAAUAGUUAAUUGCCUUUUGGAUCAUAGUGCAAAAGUUGACCAUACGGAUCAUGAAGGGUGGACUGCUCUUCGGUCAGCUGCCUGGGCUGGACACACUGAUGCAGUUGUGUCACUGUUGAAUGCUGGUGCUGAUGUGGAUGCAGCUGAUGGCGACCAGCGUACUGCCCUGAGAGCAGCAUCUUGGGGUGGCCAUGAUGAUAUUGUGAUAAGCUUAUUGCAGCAUGGUGCUAGUGUAAAUAAAGUUGACAAGGAGGGUCGCACCGCUCUUAUUGCAGCAGCAUAUAUGGGACAUACUGAAAUUGUGGAUCAUUUGCUCGAUCAUGGUGCUGAAAUUGAUCACAAGGAUUCAGAUGGUCGAUCAGCAUUAUCAGUGGCUUCGUCCAGUAAGGGUCAUUCAGAGGUUGUUAGUAUGCUGAUUGAACGGGGAUCUGCAGUUGAACUCCAAGACAAUGAUGGGAUGACACCUUUAUUGGUUGCGUCAUAUGAAGGUCAUCAUGAAAUUGCUGAACUUUUACUUGAAGGAGAUGCAGAUGUGGAGCAUGCUGAUAAUAAUGGCCGGACAUCACUGCUCGCAGCUGCAUCUAUGGGGCAUGCAAAAGUUGUGAAUGUCCUCUUAUUUUGGGGUGCUGCAGUUGACCCAAUUGAUGCAGAGGGAAGGACUGUGUUAUUCAUUGCAGCUGCACAAGGUAACUGCGAUGUUGUGAGGAUGCUGCUAGAUAGAGGUCUAGAUGAGAUGCAUCGGGAUAAUGCUGGUAUGACCCCAUUACAUAUGGCAGCCUUAGAAGGCAAAGAAGAUGCAUGUGAUGUUUUACUUGAGCAAGGUGCCCGAGCAAAUGAAGUUGACAAUGAUGGCAGAACAGCACUUGUUCUUGCAGCCCAGGAAGGCCAUCUGGAAGCUGUGAAAGUACUGUUGGAUUUUGGUGCAAAAAUUGAUCAUGUUUCUCAUGAUGGAAGAAACUCACUUAGAACUUCUGCAAUUGAGGGUCAUAAAGAAGUGGUACAUCAUUUGAUCUGUCGGGGAUCUAAUGUUAAUUACAAAGAUGGAGAGGGCCGUACCACUUUGUAUAUGUUGGCAUUAGAGAAUAGACUGGAAAUGGCAGAAUAUUUACUGGAGAAUGAUGCAUAUGUGGAGUGCACAGAUACAGAGGGAAGAACACCAUUACAUGUAGCAGCCUGGCAAGGACAUACAGAGAUGGUGGAGUUGCUGCUAAAACACCAUGCUAAGGUAAAUAGCACUGAUAAUGAUCAGCGCACUGCACUUCAAUCUGCAGCAUGGCAGGGGAAUGAUGACAUUGUCAAGGUGUUGCUGGAGAAAGGCGCUACUGUUGAUCACACCUGUAAUCAAGGAGCAACAGCAUUAUGUAUUGCAGCUCAAGAAGGCCAUGUAGAGGUGCUACAUGCUUUACUGCAACACGGUGCUGAUGCCAACCAUGCCGAUCAGUUUGGCCGUACUGCUAUACGAGUUGCUAUCAAAGGAAACCAUGAUGGGGUUAUAAAGCUUCUGGAGAACUGGGGUGUCUCUAACCCUUUACGGCCAAGUGGGUCACGUAGUGACCCAGUACGUAGAACCGCCUCAAUCCCAUCUACAUCUAGUAAUGGUAUGCAAGGUAAUGGUGCUAUAAUGUCAUCUAGUUCCACUGAAACAUCUCCUGACUCCACAAUCGAUAAACGCAAGUCAAUGGCAUCAAACAUCUCGUCAAAAUCGUCAUCCAAUUUAACUUCAACAUCAACCAAUUUGUCAUCAUUUACUUUUCCGCCACCACCGACAGAAGCACCCCCUGGGCUCUCAUUUACUGAACAAAUACAACAGCACACUGUUGUAGUUCCUCAACCUGAAAAGAGCAACUCACAAGAAAAUGUGCGACCGGAACCCCCACGUAAUUUAUUGUUACACUGUCACACACUUCCAGAAAGAGGUACUGUAAAUGUACCAAUCAGCCGAGCAAAAAAACAUUCACUUAAAAAGUCAAAGAAAUCUUCCAGCUCACCGCCUCAGCAGUUCUCGCCAACACAUACUGGUCAUUUGGCAUCAAAGCAGCAUCCUGUAAUGCAGAAACCCCCAUCACCAGAACACCGACCACGUAAUCUAAUCCAACUUGGAAUGCCACAUACAAUCACUGAUCACAUCAUAAUGGGACGCAAAUCAUCCUUACCAUCUGGUGUAUCGCUUCAGGAUGCCCACUUACACCAAGUAUUGAACACUAAGCCACACAUGUCUCCAGAACCAAAGCUGAAACGCAAUGGGAUUGUCACUAACCCAAACUUUAGCAGUAUGCUAAAACAAAGCAGCUAUUACAAGAGUGAUACACUGACUAAACAUGGCAUCAUUAAUAAUGGAAAUUCAGACUCUAGUAAUUCUACUUUGGACUAUAAACAGAAUUUAAAAAGAACUGAAAUCACCAGCACUCAUAAUGGAUUCAAAAAGGAAACUCCACUUUAA